UUAAAUGACUUCCUCAACUUUUAAUUAAUAUGUUAACAGAAGAGAGUGAUGGAGAGAGAGUUCAGCAGCUACAACAAAUGAUACCCUUGAAAGACAUUCUCCAGCAGAACAUUUCUUAUUUAACUUGUUUUGUAGUCAUUUUUACAAUAUGCAACAGAAUCAAAGCCAAAAAUAUUGCGUUGUUUAAAUUUUAGCACACUUACUCCAAGCUAAGGAUCUCUGAAGGUUUUGCUUAUUUCCAUUUUUCGUAUGUGUUGUACAUUCAUAUACAUAUGUAUAUUUUUCAAAAUUUUAAAAACCUCACCUUUUGAAUCAGUCGCAUUUCUUCACUUGACCAUCUGUUCGUGGAGUAUCAAGAGCAAUAGUAUGCAUACGUAUUUCAACUACUGUGCAAAAUCUAUGUGGCUCGGGCUUUCCACUUUCGCCAACUGAAUUCGGCUUUUCAGUAUCUUAACUAAAUUGGAACUUAUCGGUUCGGUGCGACUGUAACGAAAUGAAAUUCUGCUACUAAGCAGAAACAUUGCACGAGUUUUGGGGAAAACAGCGAAGGCGGAUUCUUGAGCACACGAGAAGCAGCGAUACCGUAGAGUCAUUUGGUUUCACUGUGACGUAACGACAGAUUGUUUUAGUAUUAGUAAAAUAAACAAAAAAUUAAUUUUUUAAAAGCCGGUUCCCAGCGAAGCUUUUCAGUAUUCAUUUGCAUGCCAGAGAGAAUAGUCAAUUUACACACGUACACAAGUACACCAAGCGUUUGAGUGCCGGAAUUCUAAUGUUGUGAAAACGGUUCAUCAGCGUCCGAGUUAAAAAAAUAUAUUUGCGAGUGUGCCAAAUAGUGAACGUCAUUAAUUGUCAUAUUUAUUAUACUUAGCAACGAAGCAAAGACCACAACAAAAUUAAAUUGGUCUAUACAGUACUUGUAAUUUACUAUCCGUUUAACGAACGUUAAAAGAGGUGAAUAAUAACGCAAUAAUAAGUGAAAAUUGAAUUAAAUAUUUGUAACUAUAAAAUAAUAUAAAUAAUCAGCUAUUAUAAUCAGUUAAUAAUCGCAAGCGCAAUAAACAAAUUCAAUAUGACUUCAACAAAAUUUAUUGCAAUUCUGCCUCAGCCUACACAGGCGGGGGAUAAAAUUAAAAUUAGUGGAAAAAUUACUGACAAUGCAGAGGAGUUUUCUAUCAACUUUGCGAACGAAGUCAACGAAGAUCCACAAUCAAUCGCUUACCAUUUCAAAUGGGAUCUUGCUAAUAAAACGAUAGUCGAGGACUACAAAGAGGAUAGCAACUGGAUGGACCGCAUAGAUACAAAACUCGAUGCAUUCAAUGGUCGGUUAAAGAAUAGUCUAAUGCAUUCUAAUAAAGCUUUUAAUGAUAACAUAAACAGCGACUUUCUGGGCGCUAAAUCAUUGGCGAAUACAGCUGACGCUUCUAUAAAUUGUAAUUCGUAUUUUCUUUUAGGGCCGGAAUUUACCCUAGAAUUUUCAUUCUUACAAGAUGACAUCUGUGUGUACUUGAUCGGUGAAGAUGGCCCAAAUUAUGUUUCCCAAUAUCAACCUAAAAGUGAUUUUCAAUGUAUUGAGUCCGUUCAAGUGUGGGGCGAUGUGGAGAAAAUCUCUCAGCUAACAUUCUCAUAUAAUUAGACGCGAUUUUGCGCUUUAAGAGUUUACCAAAAUAUAUAUGUAUGUAUGUACAUUGUUAAACAAAGGCUAUUACACCUCUAUAGCUGGAAGAAAUGUUAGUAUGAACAAUAAUAAUUUGUAAUUUGCUUAAGCUUGAGUUCCUGCAAAAAAUUACGACAUAGAAAUUUUCAUUUAAACGCACCUCAUUAUCCUUUACUGAUUCGCGAAUCUGCUUUUUCCAUCUAAUCUAGUAGUAGUUAUAUAUGUACACAUAAGUAUGUUGGAAAAUUGCAGUCCCAUUGGUGAUUAUAAUGAAACAAUAGUAAUAAAUAUUUGGAAUUUAUUUACCACAACCUUACUCGCAGCGCCUGACACCUUGGCACCAGCUGCUGGCACUGCAAGAAUCUCGUCGAAAGUUAUUCACAACGCCCAUGUGCAAGCGGCAAGCGACAAACUUUGUUUGAGUUAUUGAGCAAGCAUAGCAUACGCUUGUUUGUACGGAUGCAUGCAUACCAACUUCCGCUUGAAUUUGUUUGUUCUCCACUCAGCAAUUUUCCAGAAAGCGUGAGAUACCUUGUACGUAAGCUUGCCUAACACCUCGCUGCCUUCUAAGCUGCUAAGUUUUCCUUAAGUUAGUGCUAAGCAUACAACACCAGUAAUUUAUUUAAUAAUUUAAUUAACAGAAAUUAAAUUAACACAAACUAAAAACACAAAAACGAAAUACAAAUCAAUUUUAAAUACCAAAGAUCAAAUUUAUGUGAAAACCAUAGAUAUAAGUAACAUUAAUUACAAAAAAAAACCGUUAAUGCCUUGUGAACCUUUGGACCUUGCUCUAUAUGUGAACACAAAAUAUAAUAAACAUAUGAGUAAACAUAAAUUAUUGAUUAUAUUAUAAAACAGGGAGUUGAUAUUUCCAAAGCUUUUAAUGAGAUACUUUAAGCCAUAUACAUCUAAUCCAUAUUAUUGUACGUCAUGACUGUGUAACUCUUUGUUAAUUAGACUAAGUACUUACGGUUUCAACACCAAGUAGAAUACUUUUCAUAAGGAAGACAAUGUAAAGAAAAAUUUGGGAAAUUUUAACUUUACUGCAAAAUUGUUCCAUUGCUGUGUUCAUUUGUAUUAAGUUUGUUUUGAUUUUAACUAAAGCAGUAAUUUCUGGAAUUUUUAUAUUCUAACAGAGAAAACUGCAUCCCAAUAUUGAAUUAAAAUGAGAAAUAUUUAUUUAUACUCUAUUUCCACGGCACUGAAAUUUCAGAUUUCGGCAAAUCCCGAGAAUUGAAACUCUCUCAUCUGGUGGCUAUCUAAUGUCUGAAUUUACCCGGACGAGAAUGAGGGUGAGAGAAAACUUAAUCUAGUUCAUAUUACCCAUUUAAACCCAAGCACAGAAGUACUUACACAUUUCGAUGUCGAGAACUCAUAUUUUAGGGCAGUGCGAAUUUAGAUAAAAUAUAUCGAGUAUAUCGCAAAUCGUCAAGUAAUUGAACAAUUCUGCUUUUGACCACAAAACUUUAAUUUUAAAUUAUGGCCAAAUUGAGUUGCGAAAUUUGUAUAUGCGCCUAUGUCCAAAGAUUGUUUAAAAAAUUGUUUGCUGUAUAGAAAUUUAUUAUAAAAUAAAAAGGUGUAGAAAUUUCAUUUAAAUUAUAUAUGUAUGAGUGUAAAUAUUUUAUAAUGUAACCGUGCUCAGAUUUUAAAACUUGCCAGUUCCAAAUAAUGCAUGUUGCAAAAAUUCUUACCAAUAUUUACUUAUUUAUAUACUUAAAUGCAUUUAACAAUCAACAAUCGUAUUUUAUUUAUUUAUUUAUUAUGUAAGGAAUGACUCCCAUGAUGUUAACAGAUAUUGCAUAAUUACUAUAUAUAUUGUAAAAAUAAACAAAUAAAAUUAUUCUACAAUAUAUUCCUGAAAAUCCUGUUAAAAAAAUAUUAUUUAUGAAAACUACUCCUACAAUAAAAUUCUUGCCUUCAUAUUCAUAGGUACAUGACGAACUUUAUGGUUAACUGGUUAGAACUUAUUGUUCUUUAUCUUUCUUUUGUUCAAAAAUAAAAUCGUUCGAACAGUUAUCCCGAUAAAGAUUUCGUAAUAUUGAUAUUAUCUAAUCUAAUCUAAUAAAACUCUCGAGUCAUAGUGUUUGUGACCAAAUUCCUCCGAAGCG